AUGUUUGCUGCUCGUCGUCUUACCGCCGGUGUCCCUCGCACCUUGUCCCAGAGGGCCCUUUUCCACAGCACGGCACCCGCUUUUGUACAGAAGGGAGACGCCAUCCCCGACCUUGAUGUCCUGGUUGAGAACUCGCCCGGCAACAAGGUGAACCUCGCCAAGGAGCUCAAGGGCAAGGGCGUCAUCGUCGGUGUUCCUGCUGCCUUCAGCCCCGCCUGCUCUGCCACCCACGUUCCUGGAUUCAUCAACCACCCCAAGCUGAAGGAGGCCGGUCAGGUCUUCGUUGUUGCAGUCAACGACCCUUUCGUCACCAAGGCAUGGGCUACCUCCCUUGACCCCGAGGGCAAGAGCGGCAUCCGCUUCUUGGGUGACCCCAGUGGCAAGUUCUCCGAGGCCCUGGAUGUGACCUUCGACAGCGCUUCCAUCUUUGGAAACAACCGCAGCAAGCGUUACGCCCUGCUUGUCGAGAACGGCAAGGUCAAGGAGGCUUUCGUGGAGCCCGACAACAUUGGUCUUGACGUCUCUGCGGCCGAGAAGGUCCUGGCCUAA